CACACACACACAGAGACACACACACACACAGAGACACACACACACACACACACACAGAGACACCGCCCUCGCGGACCGGACAGAGAGAUGAGCUGAGCCGACAGUGAUCGACAUGAAGUUGAAGUUGAGUCAACUCUCCGAGAUCGGACUCGACUUCUUCGAGUUUCUGAAGGAAACUAAUCGAUUAUCGAUCACAGACAGAUUCCAACUGAAGGACGUUUACAACAGCGAGUUCCGGAGCAGGAACCCAGGAUCCAAAGACCCGAACUUCAGUUCUGUUCUUUACGCUCUGAGAACAUACGGGAAAAUAACACGACGAAGAGACAAGAUUUGCUUCAACGCCUCGGUCCGAGCUCUGUAUGUGGACCAGUGGCCGACGCCCGGGACCCGGCGGCCUCAGGCGACCGCGGGCCGAGCGACCGGUCCCGGGCCUCUAUCUACCACCACCUCCCCAGAUGAGGCAGAGACGGGAGUUCGAGCCCGGAGGAAACUGGCCAGUCUCCUGAUGGGCAGACUGAAGACGGACAGGGCUCAGUUCAUCUCUGACAAAAGUGGCGUCAGCAUCACCUCUGACCCUCAGUUCGUCAACGGGAAACUCAGCCUGUGUGUGGAGGGAACGUACGAGUACAGCGUGAACCUGAACGUGACGAACACCGGAACAGAGCCGGUUCAUUUCACCUACUACUCUCCACUGACCAGACUCAGAUACUUGUCUCUGACGGACGAGCACAACGUGACCAAGUCAAACCCUCUGACCCUCCGACCAGGGGACAGCUGCGACGUCCAGCUUCACUUCCACUGCAGCUGGGUCGGUAUCUACCCGGCGACACUGGCCUUUGAGUUCACACCGGACCUGCAGACGUCGUCCGCCGCGUUCCACAUUGUGCGCUUCAUCGAGGCUCAGUGCAUCACGUCCUUGGGACUGGAACUGGCCCCCGUCGCCCCCUUCAGGCCCCGCUCGCUCCCCGCCUGGACCCCGACAGCUACCAGCACCAUCGUGGACGGGCAGCGGCCUGAAGGGAUGUCGUUGAUGCAGCUGAAAAAUGUGCUCGAUCUGAAGAAGUAUGCAAUACCACCGUACGUGAACCAGCUCGUCAACGCCCUGAAGUCUUCUCUCCCCCAUAAUCGACGGGCCUUGCUGCAGAGUCCGCUCAGCUGGGAGAACUACGCUGAGAAGUUCCAGCUGCUGCUGUUUCUGGAGGAGCUUCAGAUGGUGGUGGACAUGAAGAGGUACAACAUCCCCAACGACGACAAGGAGGAGCACGCCGUCAUGACCCGAGACGCCAAGAACAAGAAGCUUCUGGUUCUGGAGGUUCCUGGUGUGGCGGAGAACCGACCGUCUGUGCUCCGAGGAGACGAGCUGCUGGUUCGUCCCGCGGGAGAGACGGGAGUGAAGUACCGAGGCUACGUCCACAGUGUGGAGCUGAACCAGGUCAAACUGGGCUUCAGCUCAGAAUUGCUGAGUCGCUUUUACGAGGGCAUGAAGUUCAGCGUGGAGUUCACGGUCAACCGCCUGACGCUGCGUCUGCAGCACCGAGCAGCGGAGCUGGUGGAGGAACACGGUCUGGAGGAGCUGCUGUUUCCUGCUGCUCCCUCAAGCUCCGCCCAGCAACCUGAGCUGCCCAACCUCAGUCUGUUUGACUGGAAGCUGGAGAGAAACGAGGAGCAGUUUCGAGCAGUAAAACACAUUGUGGCCGGCUCGUCCAGACCUGCCCCCUACCUGGUGUUCGGCCCACCUGGAACAGGCAAAACUGUGACUCUGGUGGAGGCCAUCAAGCAGAUCGAGAAGACCCAGGCCUCCUGCCGCAUCCUGGCCUGCGCUCCGUCCAACAGCGCCGCCGAUCUGCUCUGCAAGAAGAUUCUGGACCACGUGGACGACUUCAAAGUGUUCCGCAUGUACGCCAGCAGCCGGGACCCGAAAAUGGUCCCUGAGGAGCUGAAGGCCUGCUCCAACCUGGUGGGGGACUGUUACCUUUAUCCUCCUAAAGAGAAGCUGAUGGAGUACAGGGUCGUGGUCACCACCCUGUUAACUGCUGGCAGGUUGGUGUCCGGAGGCGUUCCCACGGGCCACUACACUCACGUGUUCGUGGACGAGGCGGGACACGCGGUGGAGACCGAGUGUUUGGUCCCACUGGCAGGGCUCCUCCACGUGCAGACGGGCCAGGUCGUUCUGGCUGGAGACCCCGAGCAGCUCGGACCCAUCAUCAGAUCCCCGUUCUGUCAGAAGUACGGCCUGGGAGUUUCCCUGCUGCAGCGCCUGAUGAAGAAGUUCUCUCUGUACCAGAAAGACGAGGGCGAGUUCAACAGUCGCUUCGUCACCAAACUGCUGUGCAACUACAGGUCUCAUCCUGCGAUACUGAAGAUCCCCAACGAGCUCUUCUACGACAAAGAGCUGCAGUGUCACGCAGACGAAAUCCUACGCAACUCGUACUGCUCAUGGGCACAUCUCCCUCAGAUCGGCUUUCCGUUGAUCUUCCACGGCGUCACUGGCGUCGACGAGCGUGAGUCCAGCAGUCCGUCGUUCUUCAACCGGGCCGAGGUGGAGGUGCUGAUGGAUUACGUGAAGAAGCUGCUGCAGACGCACGGCAAGAAGGGCCUGGCGACCAUCGCACCCAGAGACAUCGGCAUCAUCGCCCCCUACAGGAAGCAGGUUCAGAAAAUCCGUCAGGCGCUGAACAAAGUUGAGAAAGACUUGAACAUCGUGAACAUGAAGACACUGAAGGUGGGCUCGGUGGAGGAGUUCCAGGGUCAGGAGCGGAGGGUCAUCCUGGUGUCCACGGUUCGCAGCAGCUCCAGUUACAUGGACUUCGACACACAGUUCCAGUUGGGCUUCGUGAAGAACAAGAAGAGAUUCAACGUGGCCGUGACUCGGGCCAAAGCCCUGCUGAUAGUGGUGGGAAACCCCAGAGUGCUGAACACUGACGCCACCUGGGCCAGCUUCAUGCAGCACUGCAGCGAAGGCGGCGGCUACGACGGGGUUAAGCUCACCGACGCCGAGGAGGAGGAGGAGGUGGUGACGAGGCUCGCUGCUCUGUACAUCCAGAUGGAGGCUCAAGUGGAGACAGCAGAGAGCGCCGUCCAGCAGCACCUGGACCCCGAGUGGAGGAACGACCUCUGACCUCUGACCUCUGACCUCUCUUCUCUACAUUUUAAAUUAACUUCUCGGCAGUAACUUUUCAAGAUUCAAAUCUUUAUAAACACGUCCGAAGCUGAGUUCCCCUGAAGGUCAACAGGACGGAACACAUGAUGAAAUCUGAACAUGACUCUGAUCAGAACCAAAGACCAAAAACUACUUUUAUUAUUCACAUAAAAAACAACAACAUUUAAAUCCUCUGGAUCCAGAUUUUUAUUUGGAUCAAUCAUCAAAUCAUCUCGUCACAGAAUCAGUCAGUUAUUAAUGUGUCUGAUAGUUUUAUGAGUUAUUCUCUGUAAACGUGUUAAUUGUCUUAUUAAAAUAUUACUGAUGCUCAGGAAACAGUUUCACAUUAAAGUUAUGUGACACGUGUAAAAAGUAAAAGACCAAAAUAUAUAUUUUAAUGUCAACAACAGAAACUUGACCGACGAGGACAUGAUCCACGUUCACAACUUCCUUCAGACCUUCAGUCUUUGUGAAAUAAAUGAAAUAUUCACAAAAUUACUAAAUAGUUUUACAAAAAGAAAAAUCAUUGAGAUUUAUAUUUUUAAUAAACUUUGGUUCAUGACGUCAAAUCAAAGUCACGAGGACGAAGCCAUCGCUCGUAUGGAGGAUCACAACUGUCAAGAUUUAAAAAUGAAUGAAUUAAUUCAUUUAAUAUGCACAAUAAAUUAUAUAGAAAAUAAAUUAUAAAAUGUGUAUUUCCUUUUUACAUUUCUUUACACAAUGAUCAUUUGCGUAACAGAACAGAAUCAAAUAAAAAAAUGGAAUAAUACACAAAGAUAAAUACAUUUAAAAAUGUAUAAAUAAAUAGAAAUGGACAAUUAUACGGGAAAAUAAAUAGAGGAAUAUUUAUUUUUAUCUGGCUCUGAAACCUGACGUCAUCAUCAAAAUAAUAAUAUUAUAAACAGGAGUAAUGAAUAUAAAUCAUAAAUCUCUCAAUGAUCAGAAUUUUUAUUUUCUUCCAACUGACCAAAAACAUUCAAAGUCAUACACAAACUUCAUCACUGCUCUUUCAUGGUUUCACAAGAUUUUGUUGAUUUCACCAUUAUGAAUAAUAAUAAGCCAUAAAUAUCUAUUUUGAAUGUUUAUUUACUCGUUUGAACCAAACAAAAAAAGACCAAUUUUUAACUUGUUGUGUUUCUUCUGAUUGUUGUUAGAACUUAUACAAAUGUUUCAGAGGGUUUGUGGUUGAAUUUGGAUUUUAAUAAUAAAAAAUUAUGAAUGUUCAUCAA